AUGUCCAUUCAUGUUUCAACUUCAAUAAUCUGGAAACAAAAAUGCGUUCCGGGCCCUGUGAAAAAAGUUAUUCCACAAAACAUACGCACCAAAAUGAAAUUAAAUAACGAGUUUUUCGCUAAUAUUUUAAAGGAAAAUACUAAAGAAGUUGAAGAUGAUGUAGUUAAGCUAUGUCUAGAACAUAUUAGAACUAAAAAUGUCAAACUAUUCAGCAACAUUGAAAAAAAUCAAGUCUCAUUGAAGUUAAAAUAUCUCAUCAAAACAUUCAAAAUGUAUUACAAGAAGGAAAAUACUAAAGAAGUUGAAGAUGAUGUAGUUAAGCUAUGUCUAGAACAUAUUAUAGAACUAAAAAUGUCAAACUAUUCAGCAACAUUGAAAAGUCACAAGUCUCAUUGA